UUCAAUCGCUUGUUGUUCAUCCGUCACUAAACAGCUCCAGCGUCGAGGAUUUCGCAAUUCGCGCCUUUAUCCAAAUUUCUUCCGCCGACGUCCUGCCGGAGGCUAUGGACGCUUUAACGGCGAGCUUCACCGCUCGGUUUUCGUUCCCCAUGAGAGCUCAAUUUUCGCACCGCUCUUUCGUCUGUCUACCGCACGAGCGCCGCUGCCGCCCCCAAAGAUUCGUAUGCAUGGCGGAACCGUAUUUGCUUACUAAAUUAGAGUCCGCCGAGAAAACGUGGAAAGAAUUAUCGGUCAAAAUGGCUGAUCCGGACGUAGUCUCAAAUCCGAGCGAAUAUCAGAAAUUAGCACAGUCCGUGGCAGAGCUCGAUGAGGUUGUGUCAACAUAUAGGAGCUUUAAGGAUUGUGAAAAGCAACUAGAAGAAGCCAAAGGUUUGGCGAAAGAGGAUGGCGAUGAUGAUGACAUGGCAGAGAUGAUCGAUGCAGAAAUUCAAAGCUUAACCAAACAAAUUAAUGAGAUUGAAGAGAGGCUAAAGGUCUUGCUAGUACCGACGGAUCCUCUUGAUGCAAGGAAUAUAAUGCUUGAAGUGAGGGCUGGGACCGGUGGUGAUGAGGCUGGGCUUUGGGCUGGUGAUCUUGUACGCAUGUAUCAGAGGUAUAGUGAACGGAAUUCAUGGAAGUAUGCCCUUAUCUCAAGCUCUGAGGCUGAAAGAGGAGGAUAUAAGACUUGCGUCAUGGAGAUAAGAGGAAGUCGUGUUUAUAGCAAACUGAAGUUUGAGUCGGGUGUUCACCGGGUUCAACGUGUUCCCCAAACUGAAGCCCAAGGUCGUGUUCAUACAUCUACAGCAACUGUUGCUAUCAUGCCAGAGGCUGAUGAAGUAGACGUUGAAAUUGACCCAAAGGAUAUCGAGCUUACAACAGCAAGAUCUGGUGGUGCUGGAGGGCAAAAUGUCAACAAGGUGGAGACAGCUAUUGAUCUUUUCCACAAACCAACGGGAAUAAGAAUCUUUUGCACCGAAGAAAGAACUCAGCUUAAAAACAAGAACCGUGCACUUCAGCUAUUGCGCGCAAAACUGUAUGAGAUGAAAGUAAGAGAACAACAAGAAAAGCUUAGUAAUCAGCGGAAAAUGCAGGUGGGCACCGGCGCUCGAUCAGAGAAAAUCAGGACAUACAACUACAAGGACAACAGAGUGACUGAUCACAGAUUAAAGAUGAAUUUUGAGCUCACAUCAUUUCUCGAUGGGGACAUCGAGGAGGCUGUUCAGUCUUGUGCUGCUAUGGAGCAGAAGGAAUUAUUGGAGGAGCUUGCUGAAUCUGUGGCCACCAUCUCUACUUAAAGAAGUCUCACUCCAUUACCUCUGUAAGGGCUACAUACUUGUUCUUUAGCACAUCUAUCUAUUAUCUGCAGUUAUUAUUUAUAUAUAAUGUAUAUAUUCGAUUACUAUUAUUAUUAUUAUUAUUAUUAUUAUUAUUAUUAUUAUUAUUAUUAUUACUUUA